AUGACGCAUUGCUACAGAUGCAUUGGAAUGGACUACGGCUGUGAUCCCCUCAACAGUGCCUACACUGUUGUCAUCGAUGCUGAUUCUUACGAGCUGACAUGCGAGCAGAACACGGACCCAUGUGCUCUGAACGCGUGUAUGUGCGAUUUGGACUUGGUGAACAACCUCGUCCAAAACAUCGCCGAAGAAGGCUCAAACUUAAAUGGCUUGACCGAAGCUACUGGCUUCGAUACCCAAGCAAGGUGUAUUCCCGGUAAUAAUCCAGGACCAAAGGCAGACCAGUGCUGCGGAGAAUACCCGAAGCGAUUCCCAUUCUCCGACAACUACGGACAGCGAGGAUGCUGCAGUGGUAAGACUUACAACACUAACACUUUAGAGUGCUGUGCCGGUGGUGAGAUCAAAGGCAUUGGAUAUUGUGGCGGCUACUAA